GCUCCUGAAUCUAAGCUACCAAGAAUAUGUGAAAAACUUGGCAUAGCAAGUCAUCCAAGAAAAAGAGGUUUGUCUGAAAAUUGUUAAAAGUUAAAUAUUAACUCGAGUUUUUUGACCAUUUUUUAAUAUUUCCCCUCUGGGGUAAGGAAGAUAAAAUCAAUACUAAGCUUUCCUAUUACAUCUAUCUCUCUAUCUUUACUCCGUUACAGGGCUUAAAACCAGCUGGUUCUGUGAGGUCUGUGAGGGGGUCUAGAGAUAUAUACGUCCUUAAAGAGAUUGUAUACUUAACUUAAAGUGAAUCUCCAUUUAUAUUGGCAUAUCAGAUUCACAAUGGUACCCUUUAAACUAUUUUCUUAUCAAGAAUGAUGAAGUAAUUUUUGAUAUCCUAUCUUAAAAUUGCUUACUUUCAUUUGCGGCUCCUGAUGAAUGUAACUCACAAAUUGAUGCGGUAGGAGAAAAUGAAGGAAAUAAAGAGAAAUUGAAUCUUUUCAAUACAGAAAACCUCCCAGUAAUAAAUUUUAUAAUGGGCUUUAGGGUACCGAUGUAAAUAGACCAUGAAUUGAGAGACACUUAAAAGAUAAAGAAAUUAUCAAACAAGAUGUCAGGAUUCGAGGACGAUUUCGGAGAGAUGGUUGAAUCCAAGGAUGAAGACUUACUCCAGGGUGAGGUUGAGGUUGAGGAGGAUCCUGCUGCUGAGUUCCUCUCACGGGAGCAGCAGCAGCUCGGAGAAAUAGAUCAGGAACUAGGAGCAGCUUUCUCAACAAGCACCAUUGCUGUUUAUGGUUCAAGGCCUGCUUCCACAGAGCAAGCAGAAACUGUUUCUCCUGUUCAAUCUAAACCCGUGAAACAGGAACCAGCUGUUCUCAGGGAAUGGAGAGAACAGCAGAUGAUUCGAUUAAAGACGAAGGAUGAAGAAGAAGAGAAUGAUAGAGAGGAGCUUAAACAACAAGCAGCUAAGGAGCUGGAGGAUUGGUAUAAAGUGCACCAAGAAACUUUAGAGAAGACUAGAGCAGCCAACAGGGAAGCAAGACUAAGUAUAGAUAGAAGCUAUAUCUCUACAAUAGAAACUCUUGAGCCUGGAACCGAAUGGGAAAGAGUCUCAACCCUGUGUGAUUUUAAUCAGAAAACCAGCAAAAAUAUCAAGGAUGUUUCUCGAAUGAGAUCUAUUAUUCUACAGCUCAAGCAGAAUUCACCAGCAACAGCUGCAGCAACAACAGCAACAGCAUAGGGGCCAACAGAUGUGUUUAAAGCAACUGCAGCAGUUAUUUAUUAACAAUAUUUUAUAACUACAGUAUUCAACAACAGCUGUGGGUGUCUAAACAUUGUUUAACAGUUAAGAUAAAUCAUUUCUGUUUUACUUAAUACCAGAUUUUAGUCUAUGUGAGCUGGGAACUCUUGUAUUGUGGAUAUCGAGAUCAUUACAUGAUCUCGAUCUUCUGUUAAUCUGCAGAUUAAAUUAAUCUUUAUUUAUAUCUGCAGUGUAAUUGAAUCUCGAAAUGAUAACUGAUAUAAAGGGAUUAAGCAUUGAUCCUUAAAUUAACAGUACCCACACUGGAUAUCGGAAUCAAAGGAUCGAGAUUAUGAGUGUCCAUUACAAAAGUUCCCAGCUAGGAACGUAUUAAAAAAAAUCUGUUUCUCGACAUCAUACACUGCAAACAAUAAAGCUGAGCUGCGACGGAUUUACAUUGUGAAUCUUUAAUUACAAAUUAACGACAUCAGUAUUCAAUAACUGUCUUUUUACUGUUUAACAGUUAAAUUAAACAGCUUCUAAUUAUUUCCAACAUCUGCACAGCUGUUCACGAAGCUUGGCAAUUUGUUAAAAAGUGAUGUCCUCAUUUUGUCCAAUUUGAAAUUAGUCUUUCCCACAAACUUAAAGUUUCAAAUCUCUAUAGUUUUGCAACCUGAUGGAAUAAACCUUUAAUAUAUCAAACUCAGAUUAUUUGAUCUAGGUAUAAGCAAAUCAGAGUU